AUGCCUGUACAAUUGGCUGAACAUCUAUCAACUUGUAUUCAUGAAAACUAUUAUCGAUGUUUUGGUUCGUGUAAACGUCUUUUUCCCAAUAUUGAUAUUUUUCGAAAACAUUUAUCAGUUUGUCAGCAUGCACAAACAAUUUUUCAGUCAACAUUUGGAUAUUCAUAUACUUAUAGUGAUGGUAAUAAUAAUAAUGACAAUAAUUAUCAUAGAAAUGAGGAUAUACUUAAUGUAUUGGACCCAGAGCAUACAGAUGACAACCAACAACGACAACAACAACAAGCACAACCACAACAACAACAGUCUGUCAGAGCCUACUCAUCGUGUGAGAAUAAUGCAUCUUCUUCUUCGUCUGCUUCCAGUUAUGGGAGGAGGAAUAAUAAUGCAUCAGUAAUAUUCAAUGGAAAAUUAUGCUUCUGUGCAUACUGUGGUAUUGGACCAAGGAGAAAUAUAGCGGUGACUGGUGGUAUUCAUCCUUCGUCUACAGGGAUAAUAACCACCACAGCAACAGCAGCAGCAACAACAACAACUACUACUUUGACUUCAACUUCCUAUUCCUUGUGUAUGCAUCAUCCCCAUGCACAGAUCACAUCUGACUCAUUAUUGUUGUCUGCAGAAUCAAAUGAAUCAGAUGAAGUCACACAAAGUCGAAACAACGAAAUCAGUCUAGUACUUCAAAAUCAAGAAUCAAUAGCAGACAGUGAUUAUAGUUCAGACUGUUCUCAACAGCUACUGCAACAACAACAACAUCAACUACAAGAAUCUUCUAGUAACUGUGAUACAACUCCAUUCACUGCUCUAUACUUUACAGAUCUGAUAAAUUUACACAAUCAUGAAAGAGAUUCUCACUUUUACGAUAGUCGUAAUCUGAUUGUUUGUCCAUGGUGUGACAAGCAAUUGACAUUUUCUGAAAAAGAUAAUGCCGAUAUGGAUUAUGAACACUUAUUAUCACAUGUUCAUGAACACUAUAUGGUUUCUUGGUGUCUUGCACGAACACGUCAGUGGAAUGAAAAUGCUAAAGCUCUACCACAUUGUGUAUGUGGAUUAGCCUUACUUGAUUCUCCACUGGCUAUUUUAUCGCAUUCUGGAACACACUUGAUACAUGCAUACAAGUACAAUUCAUCGUCUAUUGUUCUGCCAGAUCCUAUACAACUACGUCGAUUGAAGCGUCAACAUCUGAAUUCAUCAUCGUCAUCUUCAAAUAAUCAACAGUAUUCAUCAGAGGAAUUUCUAUUCCCGAAACCUGAUGAUCACAUUCCCUGUUGUAUAGAAGUUUAUCGACAUCUACGAUUUGGUGUUUCUCCACAAUUUGAUGCCCACCUUUUAGAAGCAACUAAAGGAAGCUUAACCUUUACAUGUCCUAUUUGUCCCACAGUGCUGUGUACUCGUUGGGCCUUAACACAGCAUGCAUUUUCAGAGCAUUGGGUAGGUGUUGGUUUCUUUUUGUGUUCGUUUGUCCGUGUGCCGUCGUGUCUUUUACCUUGUAAUAAUAAUUCAUUUUUAGUUAACCGAGUUGUCUGUCUAUAUCUGAUUUAA